UAUCUUUACUCUGCAUGAGUAAAUUAUUAUUAGCAUUUAUUUAAAAGUUUUUUUCAAAAUAAAAUAGAAUUUUUUUGACAUUUUGUCUUCAUUAUUUGGUGAAUUAUUUGUGCAAAAUAAAUAAAAAAAAUAUAUAUGUAAAUUAAUUCAUUUUUUUUUUUUUAUAGUGAAACAGUUUGUAUUGAUGGUGUAGUGAAAGUUUUUAAUUAGAUGGUGGUUUAAUUGAUUUGCUCGAUCGAAUGAGACUAGUUGGCGUAAAAAAAUAUUCAUAAAAAUUUUUUUUUUAUUUUUUCAUUUUCACGAGCGGUAAUAGUCAAAAAAAGGAUACAGAACAAUAACGAUAUUGAUUUAACUUGAUAACGAGUAUUGAAAUAACGAAAAAAAAAAAAAAGUUUAAAUACUUUUUUUCUGCUUCCUCUUAAUUUUAGUCUGAAAAAAAAACGGAGUUGGACGGAAGCGGCAAAAUAAAAAGAUUUAAAAAAAAAAGUGACGGACACACGUUCCCGUAGUGAUUACUGGAGACUGGCAGUAUUAGAUCGCCCGCGAAGUUGAGGAUUUAAGCGAGCAUUGUAUCGCUUUAGAUAAAAGAAAAGCGCUGAGCUUAAAUCCAAGUUGAAUAAAGUUCUUAAACUUCAUGAAUGGGAUUAACAUUUGGUGUUACAGUGGGUUAAAUUAAAAGUACUGAAAAAAAGUAUGAAAGAUAAAUAUUUUUAAAGUUUUUUUUUUUUUACUAUGAAAUGAUUUUGACAUAGACCUGACAUGGCUUAAUAAUGAGCACAUGUGGCGCUUUCGUCACUACCGACAAACAUAUACCAUCACCAUCAUCGUAGAAUUAUAACAAAAAAUAUAUAUAUAUAAAAAUGUCACGUUAAAGAUUUAAAAAAAAAAAAAAAAAAAAAUGUGAUGGCAAUCUGGUGUACGCGACAUAUAUGCGGGUUGUGAUUUUAAAUUUACCGCGCACACGAACUAUUUUGUCGACAAAUAAAAUUUUAUUUGAAUUCGAAAUGAUAAAAAAGAUCAUUGAUAAGAUUCAAUAAUGAAUCGACGAAUAUUUGGAACUUUUAUUUGCGAUUCGAAUCAUCGAGAUGUUACGGUUAUGACAAUUGUGUGUCGAAUAAAAUUGGUCAAGGAUAUGAAGAUCUUAUCUGUAGAGCAUUUACAUUGAUUGGAAUCUGUUUUACGUUUUAAUAAAUAUACGUAUAUAUGUAUACAUAUAUUGUGUAAAAUUUAAUAUGGAUCUCGACUGUGUUAGAUGGAUGAUUGUAAACGUGUUGUUGUGACAAGUUGAGAGUGUCAAUAAGUAUAAGAAAAAAUUUAAAAAAAAGUUUAAAAGCGUUAGAGUGAUUCAAGAUGCAUCUCACGUUAUCGUUUGUAUUUUUCAUGAGUUUACUGAUGCUGACAUAUUGUCUCGUCAAAGGUAAUGGCGUGCCUGACUUUGCGAACAAAGGAACGCCAACUAAAUUGGUGUGGGCUGAGGAAUACGACGAUGUUGAACUACCUUGCGAUCUUACACCUCCAACGCCGAUGGAUUCUGUGAUCAUGGUACUUUGGUUCAAAGAUGAUGUUGGUAUUCCUUUAUACAGCCUUGAUGCAAGAACUAAAGGAAUGAAUGACGCCAUACAUUGGGCAGCAAGUGAUGAUUUAGGAAAUAGGACCCAUUUCUUUACUGGCGAUGGUCAUCAUGCAAGACUCAAGGUGAAAGCUGUUAAAUUUGAGGAUCAAGGAAUUUUUCGGUGUCGAGUUGAUUUUUCAAAUUCACCAACAAGAAAUUUUCGUGUUAACCUUACGCUAGUGGAGCUACCGACACGGCCAAUAAUUUACGACGCGCAGGGACGUGAGGUUAUGGGCGUCCCCCGUUUCUUUGAAGGCUAUGAUCUCAGGCUUACUUGCCAAGUAUCUGGAGGUAGACCAAAACCUACAGUUACUUGGUGGAAAGACGGUCAACUUCUUGAUGGAGUUGUUGAUGUACCGGAGAUAUCUGAAAUCUCUGGGACUUCAAGUAAAUUCACAGUAAAUCAUCUUUUUAUUGGUAAAGUUACACGAUCGUUGUGGGGUUCAAAAUUGGAAUGUAGAGCAAAAUCAGGACCUAUGAACAAACCUAUUGUCAGAGAAGUGCCUCUCGAUGUUUAUUUGAAGCCUCUGGCAGUAAAAAUCCAUCUGCAAGAUGAUCUGAUACUAGUUGGACAGCCAAUAGCAGCAAAAUGUGAGACUUGGGGUAGUUGGCCAGCGGCGACCCUCACAUGGAGUCUCGGUGGACUAAAAUUCCGAGAUCCGGUUGUUGCAUCAACCCAACGAAGCAAUUCCACGGUUAGCAAACUCGCUCUUGUGCUUGAUCGUGAAGACGAUGGCAAAGAACUCAGCUGUACCGCAGUCAAUCACAAUUUUCCCGGUGGUGAACUCAAAGAGAGUCGGGUACUUCGUGUUGCAUAUGGCCCGAUUGUUGAUAUUCAACUGGCUGUGGGCUAUGUACUAGAAUCGCUCAGAGAAGGUGAUGACUUGAAAUUAGUCUGUCAUGUUCAGAGUAAUCCACCACCAAAUGAAAUUAUUUGGUAUCAUAACGAUACACGUUUAGAACAUGAUGUCGCAAGAGGAAUCUUGAUAGCUGCCAAUACUUUAACGUUGAGGAUCUUGACUCUUCAAUACUCUGGAGAGUAUUCGUGUUUUGCUAAAAAUAAUGUCGGAGAGUCAAGAAGUUUGCCGAUAUUUAUUUACAUGAAAUAUGCUCCGAGAUGUAAAGUUGGUUUUGAAUAUAAUAAUGUUGUUGCACUACUUGACGAAACUGUUAAAUUACGUUGUGAAGUUGAAGCAUCUCCAAUUGAUGGAGUAAGAUUUUCUUGGACUUUUAAUGGAACAAAGGGAGAUGUAUUGCCCAUUCAAAAUUCUCGGCCGAGAAAUCAUGAACGUACAAGUACUUUGGAGUAUACACCCUUAAUUGAUAGUGAUUAUGGUACUCUCGGCUGCUGGGCAAGUAAUAGCGUUGGGAGACAAAGAACACCUUGUAUUUUCAACAUCGUACCUGCCAAAGUACCACAAUCUCCAAUAGACUGUACUCUUCACAACGAGAGUAGUGCACUUGAAGUCAAUUGCAUUCCCGGCUCGGACGGUGGUUUACCUCAGCACUUCCUGCUGGAAGUACGUGGGUCCAUGGUAGAGACGCAAUUGCUCCAAACUUCACAGACUCUUCAAACGCCCCAAAGUGACCAAGGAAAGAUAGGUGAGGCUCCGCCUAUUUAUCGGACUGAAAAUUUACGACCGAGUUUUCAACUAAACGAUUUGGAGCCUGGUUAUGAUUAUACUUUAGCAGUUUAUGCUAUCAAUAAACACGGACGAAGUCAACCGAAACUUUUCCGCAAUGUUCGUAUUUACGGGUCUGAUGGCGGAAGAAAUAUGGAAGUUUCCGGUGAAUUUGUUAUCGAUAAUGUACAAAAUAUCAUUCCAAGAAGUAAUUUAGAAAAUUUUUUCAUCACUGUUGGAGUUAUUGGUGGUGCUGCUGCGAUUUUAAUUGGUAUUGGAAUUAUCAUCGGUGUAAUUAUCUGCCGCAAGCGUGUUCACACACCUAGAGUUGAAUACAUAGAGGACCUUACAACUCCCACAUAUGUAUCAGCACAGAGAAUAGAGCCAAGAGUUAAGUACGGUUCUGAUCGUAGAAGGUCUCAGCGGACAAGUUUGUACAUGGAGGAGAGUAAGAAUGAUCCCGAUCUUCUGCCGCAGGUUGAAAUUGAUCUCCACAGAUAAUUACAUUAUUUAUUUAUUAAACUUUUUUUUUUGUAUAAAGAUUUGAAUUGUAAAUUAUUUUUUAAUAUAAAUAGUUAGUAUUUUACGUACAGUCCGCGUCACUUGGAUAGCUUCACCUAUUUUUUUUCAAUAACUGAUUCUUUACUCGCUGAUAUAUGAAAUUGUCUGUAUGUUUUAUGUUACUUAUUUAAGACAGAACAAGAUAUGUUGUUAGUGUUCGUGAAACAAAGUGAGGAUAUUGUGAGGGGGAUAUGCCACUGAUCGGUAGUUCGUCACAUGGAUAGCCUCAGUCAAAUUUAUUGCACAAAGGAACUAAUACAUUUCAUUUUCGUAUUAUUAUGUUGUAAUUUUAUAGCGUAGUGAAUAAAUUAAAAUCGAUGUAAAACACCAAAAUUGGUUACUAUAUAAAAUGGGGCGCAAUAAAAUGUUAAGUAUUGAAGAAAUUAAUAAAAUUAAUUUUUUACUUAAUCAAAAUUUAUCUCAUCAUGAAAUCGCUAGAAGAGUGAAUAGAAGUGCUAAAGUUAUUAAUAAUUUCGUGAAAAACAAUGAAAACUACGGAAAGAAUUAUAAAGGUCGAACGAAAUUUGCUACAACGCCAACACAGAAAAAAAAAUUAACUUGGAUCAAGUAAAUUAUUUUCUUCAAAAUAGUAUUCUUGUUCAAAACAUCUAAACUUCUCAAUUAAAAAAAAAGGUCAAUCUUGAAUAAAUCAAUUAUAACUCUUCAAUGGAGAAUAAAAAUUUUUCUUUCAAAAAUUUUAUUCUUGAAAGAAGCGUUUUUUUGUGUUCAAACAAGAUGCAUAUUUAUUUCUCCCAAGAAUUUUUUUCUCUUGGUUUGAGGCCGAUAAUAUUGACUCAGGAUGAUACCGACUUAGUUUGAGUAUAGCGAAUUUUUUGAAUCAGGAUGUUAUUUUACUCGAUUGAGAAAUAUACAAAUAUAUUUUUUAAAAUUAUUAAUCAGUUUAUUACUACAAUAGUUACUUAUACUAAUUUUCAAAUUUGAAGUUUAAUGCAUAUUUGUAUUUGAAAAAAAAUUUAUUUAUGCUAAAAAUUUAAAUAAUAUUUUCGUUCAAUGACCACAUUUUCAAUAAUAGAAAAUUUGAGGUUACCCAGUAAAUAAACAUUAACAAUUAAAUACAUUUACUGUAAAAAUCUUUAAAGUUUGAACACAGUCAUUAUUUACUACUUUAGGUAUCAUGAUAACGAAAUUUGUUCAUAUUUAUAUCCAUUAAACAAAAAUAAUUAUCAACGGCGAGAUAUAUGUUUUGAUGUUUAUACAUAGUUGUGAACUUACAAUUCAAAACUAACUACAACUAACUGAGAAUUGAGAAAAACAAGCAAAUACGAUAUACUCAUCGAGGCGCCACCUGGUGUCAAAAUUUUUACUUCACCCAAGUAAAUCUGUUACUUGGUUUGAGAGUUAAAUUUAUUGUGUGAAAAAAAUGUACUUUUGAACCAAGCAUAUACAAAUCUUGAUUUAGGAAUCCUGAAACUUCUUGAGCCAAGAAAUAAAUUCUUGAAGCAAAAAAAAUGGAAUUUUUUAAACUAGCAUUCUUGGUUCAAGAAUAUUUCACUUGAAUCAAGUUAAUUUUUUUUUCUGUGAAGGAAACGUCGAAUGAUAAUUCGCGCGGUAUCUAAUUCCAUUAAGACUGUGAGGCAAAUAGCGGGAGAAGUGGAACAGCAGCAUCUAUUUCAAUUGUCACAAGAGUGAUAAGACGGGCAAAGCAUCUAAAGAGAAUGAAAUUGAAGAAAAUAUCGGCUUUGAAUCAAAAACAUAUACCUGCACGACUUUUAUUUGUAAAAGAACAUAUGAGUUGGAUAGAUAAAUGGCUACAAGUAAUUUUUUCAGAUGAAAUUAAAUUUAGUUUAGAUGGACCUGAUGGAUGUAACUAUUACUUUUAUGAUUUGCGGAAGGAAGAAAAAAUUUUGAUCAAGAAUCAGAUAUUGAGUAAAAUAGAUGAGGCUAUCCAAGUGACGCGGGCUGUAUAAUUCAUAAAUUUCAUAGUGAAAUUAUGAAGAUAAAUUUUAUCAUUAAAAUUAAAUAUCAGUAGGAUGUAACUGAAAAAAAUUUAUUUAAUUAUUUAUCUUUGUUCAAAAUAUUGAACGAACAAUACUGUAUAGUGUACAUAGUACGGGAAACUGAUAAUUAUCAGAAUCGUAAUUAAAUUGUGUCAUAAUUAAUUUUAUUAUUUAUUUUUUUUAUCGAUAACUCGGUUAGUAUUUACAUCUACUUUUUAUUGUAAAAUAUAUUUAUGAAUACAGUAAUGAAAACUGUUGGCGUACGAAAUGAAAUAUCAGGUAAUUUGGAUCAUAUGCUCAUUAAUUUUGAAAUGCGGAAAUUUAAUAAAAUGUUAUUUCGAAAUGAAUAAGUCUCCAGUUUUAUAUAAUAGUCAAAACUGUUUAAUUUAUUAUUAAAAUCCCAAAUCUCUUUGAAUUUCGACGUUUUUAAUUUUCAAUUAAAGCAUUCAGCUCGAGUAUUUAAUUUUACCCUUGUCUGAAGUUGUCUUAUUGUUUCAUUCCUUGCCAUGCAAUACUAUUAAAAACUAAAAACUUAGAUUUCUAGGUUAUAGAGUAAUGCAGAAAAAUUUCGAAUUAUCAGUAUACACGGAGAGAAAUUUAUGGUAACCAUUCCUAGUACGUUUAUGAAAUAUCAUCCCGUAGACCCAUACCGUUAUGGUAAUGAUUACUUGGAAUUAUGGGAUAUAGGCCCAUAAUUUCUGGGAACAGUUCACAUAAGUAUGGGUACAAUGCCCAUCAUUGUGGUAACAGUUCCCAUAUCACAUGUGAAAGAAUUAUGAUAAUGAUUACCAUAAUAUUAUGGUAAUGAUUACUAUAAUAUUACAGUAAUGAUAACUAUAAUAUAUCACGUUACUAAAACCAUAAGGUUGUAUCUUUUUUUAUCCAAUCAACUUAAGAAUGUUUUUUUCAUUUAAAUAGGGGAGGGAGGGUCAAAAGGGGGUACUUAAGGAAAUACCAAGUUUUCGAGGACUCAAAUACGCUAAAUCUUUUUUUUUUAAUGAUAUUCAAAGUAAAUUUUCAGUUACCGUUGAAAAAAAAAAUUUUUCAUUUCUGCGGGCAAAGUGGGAUACUCCCUAAAAAAAGUAAAAAAAAAAAAUUUCUGGAUUUUAAUUGAAUUUGAUUAAGUUGAAUUUUUUUUUUAAGUAAUUUACAUGAAGAAAAAUUAUAUUUUACAUGUUUAUUGGAGACAAAAGAAGAAAAAAAAUUUUUAAUAGUUUUUAUCAUAAAACAAACGUCUUUAAUAUUUUUCUACUGACAAUUGAUUUUUGAAAAAGUUUACCAAAAAAAAUUCACAGUAACGCUUAAUUAUAUUUACAGAAAUGAUUGUGAAAUGUUUAAAAACCAUUUAAAAUAUAAAUUUUUUUUUUAUAAAAUUUUGGGGGUACCCCGUUUUGCCUACCCUACCCCCUUUUGCCCCCCCCCCCCUUCCCCUAAAUACUGUUUCAAAUAUAUUCACUCUAAAACCAAGUGUGUAGUCAAAAUUAACACACUUGCCAAAUAACAUUGAAACGCCAUAAGCAAUCUAUAGAUAUUUAAUACACCGUGAAACGUGUUUUGAAUGACUACAAAAAACUAUAGUUUUGUUUAUGGCCUUAAACAUAGAACACAUUUAAUAUGUGUUAAAAUAAUACACUUGUAACACACUUGGUUUUAGAGUGUUGAGUUGUAACCUUAUCUAUUUUACCAUUCUUGUGAUUUUUUUCGCGAAAAAUCGAUAGUAAUUUUUAAAAAACAAAAAAGAUACGUCCUUUUGGCUCUAAAAUUUUUUUUCUUCUUCAAGCCGAAAGGGCGUAUGUCAAAAAAUUUUUUUUUGGUUUUUUCAUAAACAUAUACUGUUUUAACAUUCGCAAGUUGAUUGGAGAUAAACCAUUUUUUUAUACGCCCUUUUGGUUCUGCAAAGCCCUAAGGGCAUAUAUUUUCAGAUACGCCCUUAUGGUUCUAGUAACGCGAUAUAUGGGUGCCGUUCCUAUAAUCAACGUUUUAAAAAAACUGGUUACCAUACAUUAUGGGAACCAUUCCCAUAACAUAUUGUAAUUGUAACCAUAAAUUUCUUUUCGUGUAUAAGAAUUAUUCCUAUAAAUUCACCAUUCGUUUCUUUGAAUUUCUCUCCGUGUACAAAAUGUUCUUUGAUCUUCAGUAAAUAUUAUUAAACCCGAUAAAAACAGUGAUGUAUCUGUAGUAUUAUGAAAAUAAAUCAAAUUAUAAAUAUGAAUAAUACGCAAUAGCAUAUGAUCCCAAGUAACAGUAGAUCAUUAUUUAAUUAAAUUACUACUUUUAAUUAAAAGUGUUAUUUUUAUAUAGAAAUUAGAUUAUAAUGAUCGAUUAAGUAAAAAAUGUGCAAUUAUUUUUUCACAAUUAGAUAAUAAUUAUAAAAAAUAUAACAAUAAGUAACAAAUCAUUAAAUUAAUUAUAAAAAAUAAGUAAAUAAUUACUUAAUAAGCUUCAAUGUAUUAUUACUCUGUAGUAAAUUAGUUUGU